AUAAGCUGCCCUUUAUGUGUGUGGCUUAGUUUGUGGACUAUGUGGGUGUGUGGGAGUGUAGGAGCAAGUUCCAGGUAUGAACACUGUUUUCCUAACUCUCCCCAGGUAGAAGGGCCUGGCAGGUACACUAGAAUGAUAGUCUCCUGCCAGACUGCAUCUCUUCAAAGGUUUGACUUUUUCUGUUAGUUUUUUUGUUUUUCCUGAAAUAGUUGAAUCCAUAAGAGAUUUCAAGAUGUUAGCAGGAUGGUUCACUUUAUUAUAAUCAAGUUUCAAAUAAUGCAAUAUUCCCAUCUCCUGUAAUUUAUCGUGACUAACUUAAUUUAUCGUGACUAAUGUUUUUGUUUGAUUAAUUCAUGUAUACUUUCUUUUAAAUUGAAUAUGCGUAGACCAUCCUACUGUUGAUGUCAUUGAAGCACAUUAAUAGAUACUCGGCUGCCAUCUGCUGAUGCAGAAACGCAACAGUUUUAGUAGAAAACAAUUAGAAAUUGGCUUGACUUCACGCGACGCCACCAAACGGCGUCUCCAUCCUUUGGAAUCAAGGAAUUUUCGAAGUUCUUAUCUUGCUCUGCACGUUGCAUGUUGGUGACUAUUAACAAACAGCAUUGUCUACGAAUAAGCCAAAGGGGUGAAACAGUUUACACGCGACUGAAGGGGUGGAGGGGAGCUGGGACGUGCCUAUAUAAGUAGCCUAGUCCAAGUCAUGCACAUGUGGGUUACUGUCAGAGCUGAGAAGGUGCUUUCAAAACUUGUGUCUGAAUAGAUGCAUUUUGUGUCGAGUCGCUCCUUGCUGGUUUUGGAGGGGGGUUUUUUUUACUGAAAAGGGAUUAUUCCGCAGAUCUUUAAAAGGAAAUAUAUUUGAAGAUGGAUUUACGAAUCUUAUUAUCCAUGCUGACCAUGAUGUUUGCUGGAUUUUUGAAUAGAGUCACCGCUGCUCCUGUGAGUGAGGACAGCCCAGAUACUACAGUCUCCCCGGAGCGACACGCGAGGACCAAGAGAUGCUCCUGCGCAACCUUCCUCGACAAGGAGUGCGUGUACUUCUGUCACCUGGACAUCAUCUGGGUCAACACCCCGGAGCGUGUCGUUUCGUACGGACUGGGCAACGCCGCCAGAAGGAAGCGCGCGCUCUGGGACGCUGUGGUACCCAAACGGGCCUCGCGCUGUUCUUGUGUCAGUGAGGAGGACCGAACCUGCACGCGCUUCUGCCAGCUGGGAAAUCACCUCAGAUAUGCGGCAGCGCGAGACAAGGUGAUCCUCUCCGCCGAGGGCGACGCUUGUGCUGAGCGGCAACACAAACACGCAACCAGCAAGGCCAGGAUAAGAAGGAUGAGAGACAGGAUCCAGAGACGACCAUCUCCCGCUGCGAUGAUGGACACACUGAAAACUCGCCUUCUGCUGGAAAACUGGAGUGAGAGACAGCACCACAAGGUGAAAGACUGGAAGGACAAGGUUGUAGUCUGAGGUCGUUGAAGAAGACAGACAACCCUCUGUGAGAAAGCGAGAUAUUCCCUCCAUCACAGAGCCCUGUGCUGCGCUCUCAGGAUGGAAACCUGGAGAGCUGGCGAAGGUUCGCUCCAUCUCUGCAGGGGUUCUUAGGAUCUUCGGGGGAUUUCUAACCCUGUUCUAGACUGCUGCAGGGCAGUGGCCUCACUGAACUAGCUGCUUUGGUCACAACUAAAGAGACCAGGUCUACUGAGGAGUCCUCAUCUGAACACUAACCUGAACACACCGGGACUACAACACUAAGUGUACAAGACAGCUGGAAGUAAACAUUAUCUUCUGACUUGAGCUGUUGAAAUACAGUAUGGAUCUCUCUGCCAGUCACUGGAUUUGAAUUCCUGCAUUUCCAGGACUCACUCUCUUGAUUUUCUCAAGAAACAUUCAUGUGUGCAACUUUGUCACUGUCACAAUUUAGAAGUUUGGACAAAACCUCAACUCUUGUCAAAUGACCCUGUGACCUACAUAUGCUAGCUAACAUUCUGAGGUCAUGUCAGUCUUGUUGGAAUAUUUCCAUACAAACAUACAUACUGUAAAAUUAGACCGUGAAAAAAUUGUAGAUGGAAUCUCCUGUUUUUCUGUAAUGUGUUUAUAUUUAUGGAAUCUAAUGCUGUCUGCAUGUGGUCCUGGACAUGGACAAGGCUGCUGCUUUGUGUUUUACAUGCUGGUUCGUUCUUCCUUGUGAUCACAUGACAUCUCUAGAGCUGAGUUAGCCUUCAUGAACUGUAUCACAAUGUAUUUAAUGCCCAUUAUACAUCCUUUAAGUUCUAUUUAUUCUUGUUAAACUAUGUGUUUAUGAGCCAUAUUGGUCUGUGUCAGAAUAAAUUAUGCUCGUUCAUUUCUGUGAAAUGCAUCCCCACCAAGGUGCCAAGAUGUUGGCAGAACUUUGGUAAAUAAAGAUUCACCACCUAUUUAUUCACCACCUGU